ACAGCUGCGUGCGAUGGCCCAGGACGUGACUAGUGAGGUCGGUGGCGCCCCGCGGACGAUGCUCGACCUCCUAGGCGUGGCGACCCUAGUGUUGGUCGCCGGCAUGUCGUGGGUGUUGCCCGCAGCCGCAGGAGAAACAAACUUAAAAUCUCCCCAAAAUGUAGAGGUCUACAUCAUUGAUGACACCUUUAUCCUGAAGUGGAACCAGAGCGAUGAGUCUGUCGGGAAUGUGACUUUUUCAGCAGAUUAUAAAACGCCUGGGAUGGAUAAUUGGGAAAAAUUACCUGGGUGUCAAAAUAUUACUAGUACGAAAUGCGACUUUUCUCCACUCAAGAUAAAUGUUUUUGAAGAACUUAAUUUGCGUAUAAGAGCAGAAAAAGGAAACAAUGUGUCUUCAUGGUCUAUAGUUGACUCAUUUAUACCAAUUAAACAAGCUCACAUUGGUCCUCCAGAAGUACAUUUAGAUCCUGAAGAUAAGGCAAUAAUAGUAAACAUCUCUCCUCCUGGAACAAAAAACAGUACCAUGUGGGCCAUGGCUAGUACAAGCUUUAUAUACAGCGUAGUCAUCUGGAAAAAGUCUUCAAGUGUAGAAGACAGGACUGAAAUUGUUAUUCCCGGAAGUAAAAUUAAUAAACUCUCACCAGAGACAACUUACUGUUUAAAAGUUAAAGCAGGACUACGUUCACAGAGAAAAGUUGCUUUUUAUAGUCCAGCGUAUUGUGUAAAUACUACAGUUGAAAAUAAACUGCCUCCACCAGAAAACAUACAAAUCAGUGCCGAAAAUCAGGUCUAUGUUCUUAAGUGGAAUUACACGCAUGAAAACGUGACUUUUCAAGCUCAGUGGCUCCAUGCCUUUAUGACAAAGAUUCCUGAGAACUAUUCAGGAAAAUGGAAACAAAUACCGAAUUGUGAAAAUGUCACAACUACCCAGUGUGUCUUUCCCCAAAAUGUUUUCCCAAAAGGAAUUUACUUUAUCCGUGUCAAAGCAUCUGAUGGAAAUAACACAUCCUUUUGGUCUGAAGAGGAAAAAUUUGAUACUGACAGACAAAUUGUCAUACUUCCUCCAGUCAUCGACAUGAAGCCCAUUAACAACAACUCGCUGCGGGUCUGUUUCGGCACCCCAAAAGGCUCUCAGAACAAGUCCGUGAACCAGCAUUUCCCACUAAUUUAUGAAAUUUGGUUUUGGGAAAACAUUUCAAAUGCUGAGAGUAAAAUUGUAAAGGAAAGAGCUGAUUUUACUUUUCCCAACUUGAAACCGCUGACUGUAUAUUGUAUCAAAGCCAGAGCACUGAUCGAGACUGCAAAGUGGAAUAAAAGCAGUGUUUUCAGUGAUACUGUGUGCGAGAAAACAAAACCAGGAACCACUUCCAAAACCUGGCUUAUAACUGGAAUUUGCGUCGCGUUUUUGAUCCCAGUUGUUCUUUAUGUUGUGAAGGUCUUCUUGAAAUUUAUCAAUUAUGUGUUCUUUCCAUCAAGUAAGCCUCCUUCCACUAUAGACGAGUGUUUCUCCGAACAGCCGCUAAAGAAUCUAUUUUUUUCCACUUCUGAGGAAGAAACUGAAAGAUGUUUUAUAAUUGAAAAUAUAGACACUAUUUCUGUAGUAGAAGAAACUAAUCAAAUUGAUGAAAAUCACAAAAUAUAUAAUUCCCAAACCAGUCAAGAUUCAGGAAACUAUUCGAAUGAAGACGAAAACAGUGGAAGUAAAACAAGUGAAGACUUUCUACAGGAGGAAACUGAAUGAACAGAAACGAGCUCUGUUAGAGGGUUUCGUAGAAGUUAUACUCGGAGCCUGAGCUCCUUGCUUCUCUCAGUAACUAUCAAGAGGAUAUUUGCCUGUUGGAGAAGAAAAAAACAUCCAAUCAUAGGUCCUAAAAACACAGACAACCACUUACGACAAAUGAAAUUACAGGAAUUUGGAAAAAAGUCUUCCACAUUCUUUUCCCUGUGUAAUGUCUUAUAAGACCUGUCGUUGGACCUGUCUUAUUUAGAUGAGAUGAGUUAAAUCCGAAAGAUGCCCACUGUCGUUCUGAUGACAUGUGAAGUGCCACUGCUGUUUGUGGCGAAAAGUAGUAUUGUGUUCGAUCAGUUAAUGUCACGAUGCUGCUGGUUGCUGCAUGUGUCAUGGAUUCUCCAUUCCCAAUAUUGCUCAUUAUUUUUCAGAAGAUAUUUAGAACAUUUGGUCUUUUCUUUUGAUGCUAAAGCAGACCCUUAGGAAAUUCUUUAGAAAAGCUGAAUACCACUGCCACUGAAGAAAUUUUCUGGAAAAUAGCUUGCUCUAGAAAACAUCUGCAGAUGCCAGAAACAUAGUCCUUGGGAUUUGUCAGGGGAAUUCUGUCAAUUUGUCCCAAGAAUAUUGGCUCAUACGUCAUAGUAACCAGGUAAUCUUUUACUAUACAUUAAGACUUCCUGAUUCAUAACUUAUAGAAUCACUUCUGAUUAGAAUUUGCAAUCAUUGAAUUUAUAGAAAAAUGGAAAAUUGUCUAAUAAGAGAAGUUACUAGUUUUAAGAUGUGUGAGUAUGUAGAUGUUAGUGACACUGUAUGCAAGAAGCCUUGGUACCAGGAAAUGCUACCGGUAGAAAAGACACAGACAGAAGUAGAAUAAUUCACUAGGAAAGAAAUAGGUGACUUUAGUGAAAAAUAAGAAUAAGGUGUAUAAGCAGCUUUUAAUUAUUAACAUGGGAUUGUUUGUUUUUAUGGCUUACCUGUCAUUUUUAACAUGAAGCCAGCUUCUCUGCACUGUCCAGCAGUAUUCCACUCUACCUGCAUGUACUCAAGACAGUGCAAAUUAAUCAAGGUGAGGGGGAAAAUCUAAGUGGGAAGAACACCUAAUUUAAAAAAUUAUAUGAUGCUUUUCAAAGGCACCUAUAGCUUAUUUUUAUACUAUUUGAUAUUUGGGGUUAUUCGUGGAGAUCCUUCACAGGAAGGAAGCCUAGGAAAUCUAGGGCAAAAUUGUCAACUUCAGUGGUUGCCAUAGUGACCAGAGAAAGAAGAAGGAGCUGCUCAGAGCAUGGCGGGUCAUGUGUUUACCGAGGAGUCUCCGCUGAGGUCAGUUCCAUCCGGGUGGGAAAAAAGGUGAAGGCAGCUGCCUGGGGGAGGGCUGUGACACUCAGCGGGACCCUAGCAUGCUCGCAGCUCUGCAGGGCCCAGCGUGCGCUUUCCUGGACUUGUGGUCCAGCCUCCUCACAGGCAUCAUGGGGACCAGGGAGGGUCUCCCCUUCUGAGACACAGGUCUCUGCUGGAGACUCCCUGCAGUGUCCAGAACACACUCAACCAUUUGAACUUUUUGACCAGAAACGUUUAGUUUAAAGCAGACCUUCCGGGUUGGCCCUUCGUUUGGAAAGGCCUUGUCUGUGGAAAUGAGCUGCUUUAAAGAGGACGUUAAGAGCGUGGCAUGACACCUGCCACCACUGGCUUUCAUGCAGUGCCCGUCCCGUCUAGCACACAGACUCUCGAUUUACCACUGGGAAAAAGCUGCUUCAGACUGGGUAUCCUAGAAAGAAACGUUCCCUGUGUGAGAUGUGAAGGAGGGGAAACUCAGACGUUAAAAGAGACCAAUGAAAUCGUUAGGGUGCGAAGACAUGGGAGCACAGGUCUUCAAGUUGUAAGACCUCCCUGGCUUUCACGGAACGUGUAUUUGGCGGCAGCAGCAGCAGCAAACAGGAAAAUCCUCACUUUCGCCUUGUCUUCUUCCAGACAGGAAGUGCAGUUCAAGUCCGUUCUUCCUCAUGGUCCACAUGUAGCUUAAUCAGAUGCGCUUGCUUGUAAGGUGGUCUUUUUUUGAAGAGUACUUGGAAGUACCGUGUCCUUGAGAGCCUCCACAUCACACUAUUGAUAGUUCUUGGAGAGGCUGGGUGUAACCUAAGAAUUUAUGUAGAAGAUCUACAUCAUUACAGCCAGAACUAAUGUUACAUUAAUAUGUAGUGUAGAUUAAUAUGUGUGUCAUAGUGACAGGUCUGUGAACACAUCCGUGUGUGCUUACACCUACUACACAUGUAUGCACUUGUGAUACGGGCCAUGUUCCAUUCGUAUAGCCAUGAAGUACUUAGUAUAGACUCUAGUUAUAAAAUUAGAAAUGCUGCUCAGAACUGUGAACUGUAGAGUCUGGCCAGAAUUUUGUAACCUACAAAAAACUUUUAAAAUACAAUUUGGAAUUUGUAUCUUUUUUUCAGGCUGUGAGUUUUAAAGCAGCCUCAGAUAACACUUAAGAAUUUGAAGCAUGUACAGAACCUUUACUUUCUCCGCCUUCAUCCUCGUUCCCUUUGACUACCUGACAUGAUAGGUAUUCGUUUUACCUGGUGUCUGUCUGCCCCCAGGAGACUGGGAGCCCUAUGAGAGCAGGGACUUUCUUGUAUUCAUUACUGUGUCCCCAACAGCCGCAACAAUGCGGUGCCUUCCACAUAGAACAUGCACCGAGAAUAACAAAGGAAUGAAAGACAAAAAUUUGAACAAAGUAGGUGUUUCUGACAAUGUGUAUAUGUUUACUGAGUUGUGGGAGGACAUAGUGUUUUCAGUGUUUCUGUUAUAUCUUCUAUUUCAUUUGUAUUUUUGUCUUAAACCCUAUUGCUGUUAACAGUUUUAUAUAAUAAACAUCGGGGCCAAAAGCCUUUGAUUUUG